UUUUUUCUUCAUUGGUUUUGUCGGUGAAGACUGAAGAAUGUGCAAAACAAGUAAAAAGAUGUCUUUUUUGCCAGGAUUGUCAUGUGGAAAAAGAAAAAAAGAAACGCCAGGCAAUAAAGAAGUAUUACCCCAUAAAUGCACACAGCUGGUCGAAGACGGUCUGUCCUCGUUCUAUCUCUGGGAAAGCUCCAAAACUAGUAAAUCUAAUUCAACAAAGGAGUAUGACAAAUGUGGGACUGCGAAAAUCGGUGUAUGGAUUGGCUUGUUUUAUGCUUAUUGCUUUGAGAACAGAAGGCUUCUUUGUGGAUAUUACUUAUGUUGAGAGUGCUGUUCCAAAAGGAGCAGUCUGUUUGGAUGGAAGUCCACCGGCGUACCAUAUGGCUCGAGGAUCCGGAGCAGGAGUUAAUAAUUGGUUAAUCCAUUUUGAGGGAGGAGCGUGGUGUAAUAAUGUUACAGAUUGCCUUGCCCGUAGGGAUACUCGGUUAGGAUCUUCCACAAAAAUGGAAAAGCAGGUUGCUUUUUCAGGGCUUCUGGGUAACGGCCAUGUAAGAAAUCGAGACUUCUACAAUUGGAAUCGAGUCAAGGUUAGAUAUUGUGACGGGUCAUCCUAUACUGGGGAUGUUGAAGCAGUGGAUCCGAAAACGAAUCUUCACUUCAGAGGUGCAAGAGUCUUUGUAGCUGUUAUAGAGGAUUUACUUGCCAAAGGGAUGAAGGAUGCAAAAAAUGCUGUUUUGUCCGGGUGUUCAGCGGGAGGAUUGACUUCCAUAUUGCAUUGUGACCAAUUCAGAGCUCUCAUCCCAGCGAGUGCUAAAGUAAAAUGUUUUGCAGAUGCAGGUUACUUUAUUAACACAUUGGAUAUUCAUGGAACAUCACACAUUGAGCAGUUCUACGAUGAUCUUGUUGCAACACAUGGAUCAGCCAAGAGUUUGCCAGCUUCUUGCACAUCUAAGAUGAAGCCAAGUUUGUGUUUCUUCCCUCAAAACAUGGUACAAUAUAUCCAAACACCCCUCUUUCUAAUCAAUGCAGCUUAUGAUGCUUGGCAGAUAAGGAACAUUUUGGCUCCUGAGGUUGCUGAUACACAUGGGACAUGGCAUCGCUGCAAGCUUAACAUAUCCAAAUGCUCUGGACCUCAGCUUACAACAAUUCAAGGUUUUAGGAUGGAUUUUUUGAAGGCAUUCAAAGGACUUGGCCCUGCUUCAUUGAGAGGGUACUUCAUUAACUCUUGCUAUGCGCACUGUCAAACUGAAGUCCGGGAGACAUGGUUCACCACUGAGUCUCCUAUCUCUCCAAUGUUGGAUGGCAAGACGAUAGCUGAAGCAGUUGGAGACUGGUAUUAUGACCGGAGUUCUUUCCAAAAUAUUGACUGCCCUUACCCUUGCGAUAAGACUUGCCACAAAAAAAUAUAUUAAUGAGCCAUUCUUUGAAUAUCCCAAAAGUAUUGGCAGUUUUCAUUUAAAAUUGGAGCAAAGUCUAGGGCCAUUAAAAGUGUUCUUUACAGAGAAUAUGUUUCUCUAUAAUGUACAGUUAGAAUAUUCUCUCCGACUUACUCUUAAAACAAAUAAGUAAUCUCACCAUUAUAGAGGAUCUAGGGAAGUUGAUCUCCCAUGUAAGAUCGAUGAAUAUGUAGUGUCCUCGAGAAGCCUAUGAUAUGAAGUUAGUUUGCAUUUAACUUGUACUCCCUCUGUCCCUUAAAACUUGACUAAGUUUGAUUGACACGAGAAUUAAUAAAGUAAAAAUUGUGUGAU